AUGCGUCUAAACUGGCCGAAAAGGCAGUCCGCAGUGAUUUCAAGGGAUCCACAUUCGGGGAAUGAAGAUCUCUUAUCGAGCGAUGCUUCGCUCAAAGCCGCGCAAGCGAUUUUUAAGAAACAUAGCUUUUCAUCAGAGGACGGGCGUCCAGAUGGCUUGGCCGCACCCUCAGUACAACCGAGGCAUAAAACUGGCAAUACGACACGGCCCCACCCAUCGAAAGCGUUAAAAAAGCGCCCAAGAGCUGCUCCAAAACCAAGCAUGGCUUCUCAGACGGCGGCACCUUCGAAGCAAGUAGCUCAAGUAGCUAACUCCGCAGCUGCGUGUGCAGCCGCUGCAACAGCUCAAAAGACAACAUGGACCAUUGAGCCACAAGGAAAGCCGAAAAACAAGGUCGCUCAAUAUUUUACUCCAAACCAACUGAAACCACCAGUGACCUACUCGGCUUCACGAAGCAAUUCUCGUUCCGGAUCAAUCCGCAGCCGAUCCUCUUCAAAAAGCGAUGAUUUUGCAGAUAUUGUAGCUCAGCUGCAAGGCAACCAUGAUGCUGCUCAGUCUCAGCGGAGUGCGAGGGUUGGGAGCGUUUCACCAAGGGCGAAUGCUUCAUCGGACAGUAUUGCCUCCUCGCAUAUGAGUUCUGAUGAAAUGGCGCAGGCACAUGCAAUUAAUGGUAGUAAUGGCCCUCCGCUAUUAUCAUCCAUUUCUCCACGUCAUAGUGUCGCAGGAAAGGGUUACUCAGACUUUCACUCUAGCGAAGUGGAGAAUAACUCCAUUAAACCAUCGGAAACUCCUACCUUCUUAAAUGCACGAGGAGUUUCUACUAGAACACUGCCUGAUAGGAGAUCUCCCCCGAGAGUUUACCUCAAAGAUACAGACGCGGAAAAUGCGUCAACUUCCUCACUGCAAUCUUCAGCGUUUUCAGGCCUUCCUAAUGGAGGCGCUGAAGUUUUGAGUGAACCUGAAUACGCCGAAUACGGUGUUUCUCCUAAUACUAAUACAAAUCCUUAUAGACACGAUUAUCCUAGAUCAUCGAUAGACCAAAGCAGUGGCACUAUGGAUCUCAACUCAGAUAGGCUUUCUUAUGAGACAUUAAGCAAAAUGCCUGUACAAGUCAAAUAUCAUGGCACGCUUCCGGAUCUAAUACCGAACCACAAACGAGAGAAAAAGAGAGGCAGACUCAGCUCAUUGUUUGGGAGGAAGCACAAGAUCGAAGAGGCAGACGGAAGCCAAACAGAUUUAAUACAACAAAAUGACGUCGCGGUUGUUAAGGCUACACAACCAACACGGUUAAAGACAACUAUGCGGGCACAAAGCGAAGACCAGGCAGUUUCAUCUGCUAAUGAGAGCAGCGACGAAUACGAAAGCGGUUCAGAAGAUGAAUUCGGUACCGCAGAUAAGAAGAAGAAGCCAAGGAGGCGGAGAGUUCACAUUCGAAGACAGAUUAAGAAGGCUUCUGGCCACCAUAAUUCUAGUGACAAAAGCUUCAAUGAGGAUAAACCUUGGAAAAGUCACAUUGAUAUUGGUUUUGUGACGCAAGCUGAGCGAAAGCGAUAUGAAGGUAUGUGGGUUACAAACCGUAACUGCUAUCUGGAGCUUCUGCCCUGGUGGCAGACAUCGGGUGAGCAACAAGUUUAUGUGCCAGAUGAGGGGUUGAUACUGAACCUCGUGGUACUUGACAUCUGGAGUCGAAGCAACUUACCACAAGACAAGCUCGCCUCGAUUUACGAUAUGGUCGACUUUAGAAAAGACGGCACUCUAGAAAGAAAGUCAUUUAUUGUGGGUAUGUGGCUCGUCGACCAAAGCCUAUACGGUCGUAAGCUACCCGCCAAGAUAGAACCCAGGGUUUGGGAAAGUGUGGACAAGUAUGUGGUGAAUGUCCCAAGUGAAGCUCAAGUAGGUUUCAGUCAUAAAGACAAGCAGAGACAAAUCAAGCAAGAGAUCAAGUCUUUGAAGAAAGAUCUUAAGCGUGUGCAACUAUAA